GCUGCUGGGGCGAGGACAGGAUCACUCAGCAGUCACUUUCUUUUGAAAAGCUGGCAAGUGUCUAGAAAGUGGUUCCCAUAGUGACAGGAAGCAAUACAAACAUCCCAAACACAAGUAGUGCAACAUGGAGGCUGCAUAAGCUUUUCUUAAAGGCCUGGUGAAGGGACACAGAGACCAUGUUACUUCUCAUUCAGGGAAUAUGAGCCAGUGUUGAGGCAUCUACAUCCAAGAUAUCCAGGGGUCCCCACUCGUAGAACAAUGGCAAUGCAGAAACAUUUCCAUGUUCGAGACUGUCACCAAAGAUCCAUAACUGCACUUGGGUUCCACACAGCAAGAAGGGAGUUUCUCACAGGCUUUGAAGAUGGAAUGAUAAAGUGGUGGGACCUGGACAGUGGACGCCUGUCGCAGUCGGCAGCAGAACAUUCAGGGAUGGUCACCAAAAUAUUAUACUGGACAGAGACAAAGCUCGUCUUCUCGUCAUCAAAUGAUGGCACACUCAUUGUGUGGACUUCUGGAGCAGUGGUGUUAGAUAAAAUCAGGCUGGGUAGUCCUAUCUACAGCAUUGCUAUAAACCUCAGACGACAUCUCUUAGUAUGUGGAUUCAAGAAGCACCUCUCCAUUUAUCCUCUGGAUGAACAAAAAACCUGUGGACAUGUUAUAAACAUUAAGAAGUGCUCUUCUGACUAUCAGCAUACUGACAUCGUAUCGUGUAUCGUAUCCUUAGAUAGUCAAAUCUAUACAGUAGGCUAUGACAGAAAGUUCUUAAUAUUUGACACCUAUCAAACUCCAGACAAGAUAUGUCUCAGGGUUGUGCACAGUAAUCUUCGUGCCCAUGAGGCUGGAAUUACCCACCUUCUUCUUGUCCGUGAACGUGAGAGCACAAGGUUUUUGACAGGAUCUUUUGAUCGAACAGUUGGUGUAUGGUCACAAGAUGGACAGCUGAUCCAGAGGCUUCAACAGUUCACCGGUGAAAUCACUGGAAUGUGUUACGUUCCUUAUUUAAAAACAGUGUGGAUAACCAGCGGUAAUGGUCACCCACUAGUUCUGGACCCACGAUCUGGGGAUAUUAUUUCAAAUUUUUUGGAUACUUUCCAAAGCGGUGAUGACAGUCCACAAAUAAAACGAUUGGCAUGCCUUCCUGAGACAAGUCAUGUGAUUGGUUCAACAAGGAACCAAGUUAUUAUGUGGAAGUACCAAAAGGCGGGAUGUGUCACCAUUUUGCAUGCCAAGCAUCCCCUGGAAUGCCUCUCAUACACUGGAAAAAAAUUACUGCUUCUUUUCAUCGGUGACAGCAAUGGCAUUGUGGAUAAAUGGAAAAGAAAUGAUUUGUCUCCCUUUACAUACAGCAAAGAGUCAUACGACAUGGAAGACUCCAGACCAGAGAGAAGAGGACUCCGAUGUCUCCUACAGAAACAGAUGACAGAGCUGAUCAGGAGGCCUCAAUCCAGGAUGCAGCGACCAGGAACAGCAGGGAUAUUAAGAAAGGGCAUAAUAUUCAAUAACCAGAGACCACUGACCAGCCAGACAAAGUCCUGUGGAUAUACAAAAUCAUUGUUCAGUGAUGAAAUGGAUAUGUUGGUUAUGGCUACAGAAUGUGGGGACAUUUACCUAUGGGAGUUUGAUGAUUCUGUCUCAGGUCCAUUUCAAGAAGAAGAUGAUGAACAGCAUCGUCUGAAGAUUCCAAUGACAGGGAACUCUCCUAUAUUGGAAGAAAGUGGUGGGCUAAUAAACAAGCAUCUAGCAGGUUUCACCUGCAAGAAGGUCUUAGCUGGUCAUGUAAAAGCAGUCACAUCUCUGAUCGUGGUUGGAAAAGGAAAUGGUUACUCCACUGUCUAUUUGCUGAGUGGUGGAUGGGACAGAAGACUGUGUGUAUGGGAUCUACUUACAUGCACCCUCAUUGAGACAUUCUCCAGACCAGAGAUGGAUCACUGGGAUGAACAAAAAGAAACAGCUUGUGACGGUGUUAUAAUGGACAUGUGUUUUUGUCCAAAGAGGAAGGAGUUUGCUUAUUCUUCCAGCGAUGGAAAUAUAUAUAUCCGCCAAUUUGGAGCAGUGAGUUCUGAGAUGAUCCUUGUGAAUAUUCUGAGAGGGCAUGAGGCAGAAGUCACCUCUGUUGUUUGGCAUAAUCUCAAGGACAAGUGGAUUACGGGUUCCGAAGAUGGGACUAUUCGAAUCUGGAGUGAAGAGGGUGCACUAUGUGAGAGGGUCCUGCACACCAAGGGAGUGGUCAUGUGUAUUUGUAUUGAUCAAAUGAAUGGGUGCAUUGCUGCAGGAGUACACGACACUAUAAGGGUGUAUGAUCCAGACACUCUUCUUCAGGUCCAGUGUAAUGUAGGGCACACUGAUCUAAUCCGUUGCAUAGUGCAUAUUCCAGAGAUGAAGCAGUACGCUUCCGUUUCAUGGGACAGGACGGUGAGACUGUGGAAGGCUUACUACAAGGCAAACCAAUAUGGAAGUAAAGCUUAAUUGUGGAGCAUUGGAGAGAUACAUAGACCAAAACUUUAGAACAGGAUAACUGACCAUGUUCCCUAUAGAAACUAUUGAGAGCUCUGAUGUGUUGGCUAUUUUGUCUGUUUUAGUAAAUGGUAUUCCUAUGAAAUUACAGUUCUACAAUGUCUAUUCUAAGACCUCUACAUUGUGCAAUUUUUCUGUUAUUUCUCCUGAAUAUUUAGGAUUACAUCGACAACCAGAUGCUCCAGACUUGUUAUACAAAUAUUUAGUGCAGGCAGAUCCUUGUAGAAAUGAAAGAAUGAAAGCUGUGCUGGGAUUUUUGUUAAGGGCAACAAAAAUGACAAAAUAAAUUCAAAAAUUGGCGUAUUUUGCUGUGUACUUGCUGCUGUUUAUUUUCCUACCCAGUGGAGUUCUGCUAUAGUACUGGUCAAUGUAAUGAAAUUAUGCUUUUGCAGAACAUCAUAAAAAAAAAAAACACCAGAUUAUAGACGCCUGAUAUGUAUUUAUAACAAUGAUAUUUUAUAUAAGAAUCAUGUAAGGCUGCUUUCACACUAUAUGUUGCUCCGUUUUAAAGAGCCGUUACAAUGUCCCGUUAG